UCUUCACAUCUCACUUUCCUAGCUAGCAUAUCUCAGUUUCUUCUCCUUUUUUUGCCUUGACUUCCCUUUUGACGUUGUCCAAACAGAGAAUGGGAGGAACAUCACCGUGUGCUUCCUGCAAACUCCUCCGUCGCAGGUGUGCCAAGGAUUGCAUCUUUGCUCCUUACUUCCCUUCUGAUGACCCUCAAAAGUUUUCCAUUGUUCACAAGGUCUUCGGUGCUAGCAACGUUAGCAAAAUGUUGCAGGAGCUUCCGGCUCAUCAGAGAGCGGAUGCAGUGAGCAGUUUGGUCUACGAAGCGAAUGCAAGGAUGAGGGAUCCAGUCUAUGGGUGUGUUGGUGCCAUAUCUUACCUCCAGAACCAGGUGUCUCAGCUACAAAUGCAGCUAGCCGUGGCUCAGACGGAAAUACUGUACAUCCAGAUGCAGCAAGAACCAGUGAUGCCAGCCCCGGCUUCCCUAGGCGAGCCAGACGACAAGUCGUUUCUGCUCCACCCUCAGGCGUACCUUAACUUUGCUUCCUCUUCUAGCAAUGUAAUUCACGACUCUCUCAAGCGAGAGAGCAUCUUUGGACACGACAUGGUCUCUUAAUAAAAACUAAACCAAUAUCCACCGUUUUUGUUUCAAGACUCCCCUUUUUAUUUUUUUAUUUUUUUAAAGGGUCAUUUUUGCCUUUUGAUAUAAAUUUUUAAAUAAUAU